AAGACAUGUUUAAUUUAUUAUCUUGAAAUAAAUGCUAUGGCUUGCAAGUGCAAACGAAGACGCUUCGUCUUAGAUCAUUUGCAAUUCUAAAAAUGAUAAAAUUUUAUAAAAUAAAAGAUGAUAUAUUACCAUUGACCGAAGCUAUAUGAUGAUUGUACAGAGUAUGAGACGUAGAUACCCAUCUGAAUUUGUGAUUGCCAGAGGAACUGGGACAAUGGAGAAAGGACUUUCUUGGCCUUGUGAAGAUGAGCUGAAGGGUUUGAGGAAAAUCGUUUCUGCAAUGGCUGGGAGACGUCCUGAAGAAGUUCGAGUUGUAGUCUCUCCUUAUCGGAUUUGUCCUCUGGGUGCGCACAUUGAUCAUCAGGGUGGAAUUGUUUCAGCUAUGACAAUUAACAAAGGAAUACUUCUGGGGUUUGUUCCUUCUGGUGAUGCCAAGGUUAUACUGCGUUCAGGACAAUUCAGUGGAGAAGUUAGAAUCAGCGUUGAUGAAGUACAAUACCCAAGACCCAUUAGAAAAAACAGUGAGAACCAUGCAAGCAAUUCUCAAAAACUACAAGAAGAUUGUAAUUGGGGAAAUUUUGCCAGAGGAGCUGUCUAUGCACUGCAGAGCAGGGGGUUCUCUAUAACUCAGGGCGUCAUAGGGUACAUUAGUGGUUCCGAAGGUUUUGACAGUUCUGGCCUUAGUUCUUCUGCUGCUGUUGGAGUUGCUUAUCUAUUGGCUUUGGAAAGUGCGAAUAACUUAACUAUACCUCCUACUGAAAAUAUUGAAUAUGACAGGGUGAUUGAAAAUGAAUACUUUGGCCUGAGAAAUGGCAUACUGGAUCAAUCAGCAAUAUUGCUUUCAAGACAUGGUUGCCUAACGUGCAUGGACUGCAAGACUAAAGAGCACAAGCUUAUUCGUCCAUUGAAGUUGCAGAAAUUCUACAAAAUAUUAGUGGCAUUCUCAGGCCUUAGGAAUGCUUUGACCAACAACCCUGGAUACAAUUGUCGGGUUGCAGAGUGUCAACAAGCUGCAAGAUUUCUACUAAAAGCUUCUGGAAAUGAAAACAUGGAGCCUUAUCUAUGCAAUGUUGAGCCAGAGGCAUAUGAAAUGUACAAGGGCAACUUGGAACCCCUUCUAGCCAAAAGAGCAGAACAUUAUUUUUCAGAAAAUAAGCGGGUUAUCAAAGGUCUUGAAGCUUGGGCUUCUGGCAACUUACAAGAAUUCGGAAAGCUCAUUUCAGCCUCUGGUUUAAGUUCUAUUCAGAACUAUGAAUGCGAGUUUCUUCAACUUGAAUCCAUGACCUUCCAGUCAAAGAGGAGCAACAUUUCUUAUUACAACACCAAACAAAACUUGCAACACACAUAGACAAAUAAUUAACACUCGUAAUUAUUUAUAUGUGCACGAUGCAAGUUUUGUUUGGUGUUGUAACAAAUAACAAGUAAAAAAAAAAAAAAAAACACACACACACACACACACACACGCAUAUAUAUAUUAUCAACGUCAUGUAUAACUUUUAUGCCCUGUACUAGCAUUGUUAAGAUCCUGUUAAGGAUGCCUGUAUAGGCUGGAAUUACUUUCGCCUGUGUUUCUAAAGUUAAACCAAACAGGCUGAUUUUCUGGUUACACAACCUGGAAAAAUAAGAACCAGUUGCCGGGAUCUAGUUUUACCACCUUAACUAGAGUUGUUUCAGAGUUGGAAGUUGGAAUUCAUGGUUUUUAACCUGUAAUUGCCAUUGGCAUGUGACCGAUGUAGUACCAUUUAUGCUAUGUUGAUUGUUUAGGCUGCGUGCCACUGAAACAACUGUACGAGAUUCUUCUGAGGGCUCCUGGUGUAUUUGGGGCACGGUUUAGCGGUGCUGGAUUUAGAGGCUGUUGUGUUGCAUUUGUAGAUGCUGAUUUUGCAGAAGAGGCUGCUUCUUUUGUUAGGGAAGAGUAUCUUAAGGCUCAACCUGAAUUGGCUAGUCAACUCAACCCAAACUCAGCAGUGAUAAUAUGUGAAGGAGAUGACUCUGCUCGUGUAAUGCAACAGAAGUGAAUAAACUACUCGGCCAUUUAUUGCAUUAAUUCUUUGAUUCUCUUGAAUGUCCCUGGUUGCAAGCUGAUCGCAACCAAUACAAGGGUUCUGGUAAUGCCAAAAGGAUGACUACAAAUCAUAUGUAAUAAUUACUGUGUUCAUCAAGUAAAUGUGGAAUUCAUUUCCAUUAGUUAAUGAAUUCUUGGUUUUGUGAAUAA